AUGAGACCUUAUCCUGCUGCACUUCUUCUGGCCUUGCUGAUGGUGAUCAGUAUCGUCGGUGCGACUGAUUCAUCUUCGUACGAGGACAUCGCACGCCCCAAGGUGACUUUCUCGCCCGUAAAUGCUUCGGAACAUUUGGACCAUAUUCACCACCUGGAAUGUCAGCGAAACAUCUCUCAGGAACAUCGACAAUCCGACACUCUCCGAGACCAGGCACAUCUUAUCUCCUCCGCAUUCGAUAAAGACUUGCAACUCCUCAACAAGCAAACCCUAGAGACUUGCACUCAAGUAUACAAGGACAUGGCCAACCCCGAACUGCGCAGCUACCGCGCUCAAUUGAGUGAUGCGGCUCCACUGUUGUUCAACUCACCCAUCGAACGCUUUGUAUCUGCUGGUCAGAUCUUCUUGAGUGGUUUGGACCCCUUGAAACAUAAAGCGCAAGAGUUGGCGAGUAUGAAUCAGCGUAACAUGUCAGACUGUAUGCGUACACUCAAAGGCUACUGUGAAGGAACCUUGCAACCUUGUAUAGGCGACAAAGCAUUCGCGUCCCGCAAACGGUCUCCCCUCGAACUCAAAGCCUGCAACAAGAUCAACACCUUGGACGAAAUCACACAAGCAGCAAAAGCAUGGAAAAAUGUCGUUCGCGAUGUUGGCGAGAUCAGAAAGCUCUUCAGCUCUACAUGGGGAUUGGUGAAGGAUGCUCAGGAGGACGAGCAUAGAGCGGCGGAAGAGUGGGUGGCUAUUGUGGUUGCUAAAUGGAUUAGUAUGCUGGAGGAUUUGCUUGUGCGUGCGCAGAAGAGAAGAACUGGCGGGAUUGCGAUGGGGACGCCGACUGUUCCGUUGCCAUUGUUCUAUGUUCCUAUACGUUUGGGGUGGUUAGGUUGA